AUGGAGGCCCCAUCGCGGCUGCUGCACGGCACCGGGGUCCCGCUGCCCGCCGGCAUCGCGCAGGCCCCGCCGGCCGCCGCCGGGGAUCCGGCCGCUGCCUCCGCCGCACCGGGGCCGCCGGCCGCGCACCACGACACGGGCGAUGUCCUGCAGCAGAUCAUGGCCAUCACCGACCAGAGCCUGGAUGAGGCCCAGGCCAGAAAGCAUGCCUUGAACUGCCACAGAAUGAAGCCUGCUCUGUUCAGCGUCCUGUGUGAGAUCAAGGAGAAAACAGUGUUAAGUAUUCGUGGUAUUCAGGAAGAAGAUCCCCCAGAUGCUCAACUAAUGAGACUAGAUAACAUGUUGCUGGCGGAGGGUGUCUCCGGGCCCGAGAAAAGAGGAAGAGGAGGACCGAUGGCUGUAGCAGCAACAUCAGGUGGCUGUCCAAAUGACAAUAGCAUUGAGCACUCUGACUACAGGGCCAAGCUGUCACAGAUCCGACAGAUAUACCACUCUGAGCUAGAGAAAUAUGAACAGGCCUGCAGUGAGUUCACCACCCAUGUCAUGAACCUGCUCAGGGAGCAGAGUCGGACGAGGCCCAUCUCGCCCAAGGAAAUCGAGCGCAUGGUGAACAUCAUCCACGGGAAGUUCAGCACCAUCCAGAUGCAGCUGAAGCAGAGCACGUGCGAGGCCGUGAUGAUCCUGCGCUCGCGCUUCCUUGACGCUAGGCGUAAACGGCGGAACUUCAGCAAACAGGCAACAGAGGUGCUGAAUGAGUAUUUUUAUUCACAUCUGAGUAAUCCUUACCCCAGUGAAGAGGCCAAAGAAGAGCUAGCAAAGAAAGGUGGCAUCACAGUUUCACAGGUUUCCAACUGGUUUGGUAACAAAAGAAUUCGCUACAAGAAAAACAUGGGGAAGUUCCAAGAAGAAGCCAAUAUUUAUGCUGCAAAAACAGCUGUGGAUGCAACUAAUGUUGUGGCUCAAGGCAACCAGGCAAAUUCUCCAUCUACACCAAAUUCAGCUUCCUCUGGCUCUUUUAAGAUGACAAAUUCCAGCGAUUCGUUUAUCAACUUGCAGUCCUUGACUUCCUACCAGAGCUCUCCAGUGGGAGCCAAUGUGCAGUCACAGAUGGAUUCCUUACACCAUGUCAUACACCAGGCAGGAAGAUAUGACACAAUCGUGGGGAAUCCUUUGUAUACGACGCAGCGCAUAGAUGCUAAUGGCAGCUGGCAGGAUGCUCCCACCCCUUCAUCCAUCACCUCCCCGGCCGGAGACCCUGGCAGCGUGAAUUCUGAUGCAUCUAAUUAAGUCUAUAGGACUUGUUGAUGAGAGGAAAGGGGUCGUUAGUGUCAUUUGUCAGUGUCGCUCUAUUGUUUCACACAACUCAGCUGAUUACCUCAGAAACCAGCCCCGUCCCCAUGCCUGGAACCAGGAGCUUGGGAUUCCAAGGAUACCUCUUCUACCUCUCCCUUCUUUUGUGCCCCUUUGGGAUGUGAACCGGUUCUGACAGAACUCUCGCUUCCUUUUCCGAACCAAAUCCACUUUGUUUUCUUACAGCCAGCACCUAAGCAAUGGCACUUCUAAGGUUUUUCAGCUUCAGGAAGAUGGGACUUGUUUUGGUUUCUGUCACGGGUUUGUUUUUUUACUAUGGCUUUUCUGUUCUAGUCAAUAGCUAUUAACAGUUACCCUCCCCGUGUUGUAAUUGUAGGCGUUCUCUGUAUCGUCAUUUUGUAGAGGAAAAUAAGCUUUUCUUAUCUAGACUCCAUUGGCAGCCAAUUCAUGGGAAUUGCUUUACCAAAACUCACCCCUUGGCCUUCGGGUCGGACCCUGCCAUCCUCCUCCAUCCCAUGCCUCCCAUGUCUCGUGAACCGAACCAGCCGCGGCCGAGGAGCGGUGUCUGUGAACCAAGAGUCCGCCCCUUUCCCUUGGGAUUUGAUCCAAGAUAAUAAACUUCCAAAGCCUUUUUUCCCCUUU